AUGUCUGCUGAGUGGCCAUUGAACUUUUUGUAUUCUUUGCCUAGCAGGCCUAGGACUACAUCAUUGGGUGACCAUCUGGCAAAACACGUCACAGAUAGCGGAAGAAUACGAAGUUUGCUCGAUACAAUAUGUUCUACAAACAGACCCGCGUUGUGGUCUCCCGAUCUUGCGCGUCCUCCUAUCGAUCACAUCACCAUCAAACGUUUCAUUUCAUCCUUUUCCCUACCCACGGCUGGCCGUCCACUUGGACCAAAUGAUCGCGUCAUGAUGGCUUUGCCUACGGGACCAGAGAAUGCUUUGGCUUUGUUGUCUGUUGCAGCAUAUCACACUUGUGCUCCUGUCAACAACAGUUGUACAGCAGGAGAAUUGAAAGAUGAUGCAGUUCGGUUACGCGCAAAAGCUGUCGUAACAACAUACGAAGCUGCUGAACGUUUGAACGUGUACGAGUUACGUCAAGAACACGGUAUGGAGAUUAUAUUCAUCGAACCACGCACGCAAGGACCAGCAGGAUUAUUCGAUAUGAGUUUCUUGGGUAACGAUGGCCCAGUACCUGCAGGAAACAACCGCAGACCUUCGCAACUGCACGGUCUAGAACAUCAAUCUCUCGUUUUGCACACAUCCGGUACGUCCGGUAAGAAGAAGGUCGUACCCUACUCUUUGCGACACUUGAUCGUUGGAACGUGCUGUGUCGUGCAAAGUUGGGAACUAAGACCUGAAAGUGUCAACAUGAACAUGAUGCCUUUAUUCCACGUCGGUGGUAUCGUUCGUAAUUUGUGGGCUCCAAUCUUUUCUGGAGGAAGUGCAAUCAUGUGUGCUGGUUUCGAUGCAACAGUUUGGUGGAAUUUGACACAACAAUUAGGUGCAACUUGGUAUUAUGCUGCACCAACCAUGCACCAAGCCAUUCUAGCAUCCAAACCAGAAGGUAUCGACGCAACCAGAGCUACAAAGAUCUCCAUGAUUGCCAAUGCAGCUGGAGGUUUGUUGCCAUCUUUAGCAAUUCAACUCAAAGAGACUUUUGGAAAAUGUGCCGUUCUUCCUUCGUAUGGUAUGACAGAAUGCAUGCCUAUUGCUUCGCCCCCAACAAACUAUCAAUUAGAUCGUCCUGGAUGUUCCGGUAUUGCAUGUGGUCCUGAUUUGUCUAUUCGUGAUCCGUUCAACCGUGAACGUGAACUGCCAGUUGGUCAAACGGGUGCCGUUUCCGUUCGUGGAUUACCUACCUUUUCUGGAUAUGAAGUAUCCGAAGAUCCCUUUGAGCCUGAAGGCUGGUUUGACUCUGGUGAUAUGGGACAUAUGGAUGCCGACGGAUACUUGUUCAUCACUGGUCGUUCAAAGGAAAUUAUCAACAAGGGUGUUGAAGAAGCAAUCACACAAGCAUGCCGUGACCAACAUACUGUGCUACAAGAAACGAUUGGUGUCGUUAUUGUUCCAGUGCCAAAUCAACCUCGUAUUGGAUUAUCAGAACUACAGAAUCUGUUGAGAUCUCAUCUGCAUCCAUCCAAGUGGCCAUUUGCGAUUGUGUACAUGGACGAUGUCCCCAAAAAUCAAGCCGGAAAACCAUUGCGUAUCAAGCUCGGUACACGUUUGAAUAUUGGACCUUUGUCCGAUGAUAUCCCUCCUCUACGUCGACACUUUGAAGCUCGUGCACCUCACAAGGAAGUUCCUCUAUCGGAGCCCAUCCCCUGCAAGCUUGUCUCUGUGGAUGUUCGUGCCGUUGAAAGAGCAUGUUACCCUGCUGUACGACAACCUUUUAUCCAGGUGGAAGAAUAUGCAGAAUACGAUGCUGCUGAUAUUGACCGUGCUUUGGCGCAGGUACUACAUGGAUAUGUCGUUCCCAAUCCCUUGCACGUCUUCCGUCAACCUUUGGCUAAGAUUAAUGGACGAAUCGAUUUCGAGACCAUGGAAGAAGAGGUCAGAGCACAAAAUGCAUCAUCCAUGUCACCUACAGCUUUGAUUGUUCGUGACAUCAUUGCCAAAUUGUUGGAUACCGAAUCCGGUACAAUCACAGCUGAAUCCGAUUUCUUCUUGUUGGGUGGUAACAGUUUGCUGUUAGGAAGAUUGGUUCAUUUGAUUCGUAAGGAGACUGGAGCAUCUUUGGAAGUAUCUACGCUUUUCAACAAUUCUACCGUUGAAGGCAUUGCAUCACUCAUUGAAGAAGAUCAAGGUAUUGAAGAUGAUUACGAUGAUAUGACAGAUGGUUUCUUGGACGAGAAAGGAUCAGGUGCUUUCAGUAGUGCACAUCGUUAUGAAUUCGAAGGUGACAUGGAUCCUACCCUCACAAGUCAUGGUUACAAGCCAAGAAGUCAAACGCAUCCUUGGGUUAUGCUUAUUCAGAUUAUUCCCAUGAUAUUCUUUUACCCCUUCAAAGCUGCUUGGACAUGGACAGUCAUCUUGCACGGUUUAGCAUUCUCUGCAUACUACAUCGAAGAUAGUUUCUGGGAGCGUGUUGGUGUUUUGUUGGCAUCCGUUACCGUUGCAAGAUUCACAAGUCGUAUCAUUUGUCCCAUCACUGCAAUCGCAUUCAAAUGGCUCAUUAUUGGACGGUAUAGACCUGGUAAAUAUCCAAUGUGGUGCAAUUACCAUUUGCGUUGGUGGAUAGUGAAUCAGUCCCUCAAAACUGCUGGAAAAGGUUUGUUCGGUCUAACACCAUCACUUAUCAAGACGUAUUACCGCUUAUUGGGUAUGUCAAUCGGAUCGGACGUCCACAUCGACAGAUAUGCAAAGAUUAACGAGCAUGAUCUCAUCACCAUUCAUGAUGGCGCACGUAUCGAUAAAUCAUUACUUCGUGGAUUCUGUGUCGAACGUGGAGGCUAUUUCCGUUUGGAACCGAUUAUUGUUGGACGUGACUGUGUUGUGAACACAUUCACUCAAAUCUCACCUGGUGCUCGUUUGGCUGACGGUACAGUUUGGGGACCUCAAUCUUCGUCCCACGAAGAACCUUCAAGCGAUGCCUAUGCUGCUUACAACAGAAAUGCAGUUCAUCGUCCAAGCUUGUGGUUGAUCUGCUUCAUUGGUGUCCCUUUGAUCGGUUUGGUUCGUUUGAUUUGUUAUGUUCCCUGGUUUGCAGCUUUGUUCAUGUUGCUCUCUCAACCAUUCGAGUUCAACCAUCACGAUUCGGUCAAGGGUGUUAUUGCUUGGUUCGCUUAUCCUCGUCGUAUCGGAUGGCAUUAUGUCGCCCGUAUCGUUCGUAACAUCAUGCCUCCGCUUAUCAAUAUUGUCUUGGGUAUCUUUGUCAAGCGUCUGCUGGGUCUCAACCGUGAAGGAUCGAUGCGUAAUGCCACCCAAAUCUCGCUGUUGCGAAGAUGGAUCAACAGUCAAUUGCUAUCUCAGCCAAACAUUCGUCGUGCAAUGGCAGUCUUGGGUACCCAUUAUGAAAUGACUUCGGUCGUUUUCCGUGCAAUGGGUGCAAAAGUGGGCAAACGUGUUUAUUGGCCAGGAAGUGGUAUCUACUGCCCCGAUCCUGAAUUGCUUGAGAUUGGAGAUGAUGUCGUUUUCGGAUCUCGUUCGGAAGUGUUCACAUCAGAUUCGAUCGGUUGGGCUCGUGUGCGUAUCGGACGUGGUGCAAUGAUUGCUGAUCGUGUGGUCUUAUUGCCAGGUACGACUGUUGGACGACAAUGUGUUAUGGGUUCGGGUGCUUUAGGUGUUCGUAACGGACACUACGAAGAACAUACCGUUUGGAUGGGCUCCAAGAAUGGAUCAGCAGUCAGCUUUGGACGUGCUGCCAAGGAAAACAAGGAGAACUCUGGACCCGACGAUACAAUCACUCCAUUCGGUUUGGCAUUCUACAAGCGCAAGGCCAACUUCUUUGUUAUCCCUUACUUCUUCCUCGUUUUGAUCAACAUUAUGAUGGCAAUCUUCUCUUCUGCUUACUGGGCAACGGCUGCCGUGGCUACCGUUUUGACGUUGAACAUCAUCCGACAAGACUUUGAGUACUCUGCAAACGCAAUCUUUGAAGAUCACUGGUACAGACCUGGAUUGGUUUAUGCCUUCAUUGCGGUGAUGUUUGUUAUCGUUCUCAACUUGCAGGCGUACAUUGCCUUUGCUUGGGUUAUUUUGACCAAGUGGGCAAUCAUCGGAAGAAGAAGAGAAGGAAGAUAUGACUGGGACAAGAGCAGUUACUGUCAACGCUGGCAAUUGCAUUUGACCUUACAACGUCUUUUAGGAAAAGGUUUUGGUGGUCAUUUGAUCGGUCAUAUUUCUGGAACGGUUUAUGCUGUUUGGUAUUUGCGUGCAUUGGGCGCUCGUAUUGGAAGAGAGUGUUCCAUUUGGGCCGGUGGUAAGCCAAGUCUUCAAUUGACGGAACCAGAAUUGGUCACAAUGGGCAAUCGUGUCACAAUUGAUGACUGUUCCAUCGUUGCGCAUAUUAAUUCUCGUGGUCGUUUCUCAUUGAACAAGUUGGUCAUUGGAGACGAUUGUGCAUUGCGGACAGGAAGUCGUUUGUUGAGUGGUGCCUCUAUGGAACCCAAUGCGAUGUUAUUGGAGCACACUUUGAUUGCAUCUGGUGAAAUUGCUGAAGCGAAUAGCGUUUAUGCCGGAUGGCCAGCACGUCAACUACGCAUUUUCAGACCAGGCAGAGGAUGUUCUUUGAUUGACAAUCAUUCAUAG